GAGAUCGUAAUUCUAAUGCUAACCCAUGAGCAAAAUUUCGGCACCGACGCUCAUCACUAGUGCUCGGCUGCUGGCUGAAACCAACGAGUCUGUUGCACUUCCGAAGAAGCAAAGCGCGUUGUUUUUUGCGAAAACAAAAUCUCAUUCUCAUCACCGAGUCAACCUCGGAGCUUAGAGAUUCAAAUCGAAUCGCUUACAGAUCGCGAUCCGAUCCGAUCCGAUCGGAUCCGGUUCUCCGCCGUCCUAGAUCCGUAUCUCCGCCGAUGGGGAGCUCCUCGGCCCUAGCAUCCCUCUGCUGCUUCCUCCUCCUCCUCAGCUUCGCCCGAUCCAAAACCGUUAAAAGAGACGUAAAAGCAUUGAAUGAAAUUAAGGCCUCCCUUGGAUGGAGGGUUGUCUAUGCAUGGGUCGGAGAUGAUCCAUGCGGAGACGGAGACCUGCCCCCAUGGUCUGGAGUUACAUGUUCUCAACAAGGAGAUUACCGAGUUGUAACUGAAUUGGAGGUUUAUGCAGUAUCAAUUGUUGGUCCUUUUCCUACUGCUGUUACAAACUUGCUGGACUUAACGAGGCUGGAUCUCCAUAACAACAAGUUGACAGGGCCGAUUCCUCCUCAAAUUGGAAGGCUGAGGCACCUCAGAUCAUUAAAUCUGAGAUGGAACAAGCUUCAAGAUGUGCUUCCUUCUGAAAUUGGUGAACUCAAGAAACUUACUCACUUGUAUCUGAGCUUCAAUAAUUUCAAAGGUGAGAUCCCUGUGGAGCUUGCAAAUUUGCCAGAACUCCGCUAUCUCUAUCUUCAUGAGAAUCGGUUUACUGGAAGAAUUCCUCCAGAGCUGGGGAGUCUAAAGAAUCUACGACAUCUGGAUGUUAGCAGCAACCACUUGUCAGGAACGUUGAGGGAUUUCAUCCGCAAUGGAGAUGGCUUCCCUUCUCUUCGCAACUUAUAUCUAAACAAUAAUCUGCUGGGUGGAGGCUUGCCAGAUCAGCUUGCAAACCUUACCAAUCUAGAAAUUCUGUAUCUAUCUUACAACAAAAUGGCUGGACCAGUGCCUGCAAAGCUAGCGAAUAUCCCUAGACUUACUUAUCUGUACUUGGACCACAAUACCUUUACUGGGAGGAUUCCUGAAGCACUGUACAAACACCCCUUCCUCAAAGAACUGUACAUUGAAGGUAACCAGUUCAAGCCCGGGGCAAAGUCAAAGGGUUCACAUAAGGUAUUCGAUCUCAUGGAUACAGAGUUUUUAUUCUAGGUAAAGUAUUGUAUUAAUUUUUCAAGCCAAAGGAUCGUGGCAGUGCCGUUAGGCGGAAAUUAAAUACAUUUAGCUAUAUAUUGUAGUAAAAUUUUCUUAGACAAGUUGGACGAAGUUGAAAGCAAGAGGCAUGCAUAAUGUAUAUUGCAUAAUAACAUAGGAUUUCUUAUAAUGGAAGAUGUGUGGGAAAGUUUUGCUUGUAACACGAAAAAAAAAAAAGGGCGGAGAAAUGGAGAAUGUUGAUGAUUGCGA